UUGGCUGCCAGCGCUGCGUCGGAAGGUCAAAGUGGAGGCUGGGGGGGGGGCCCCCGGUGCACUUUCAAUGGCGAUGCAGAGAAGCAACGUGCAGCAGCAGCACCACCACCCGCACCCGCACCACCAGGACUUCACCCUGUGCAGCGGGUUCGCACACCCGCAGGUGGGGGGGCAGCUGGAGACGUUAGACCGCGGCCCGGUCGCUCGCAGGUCAAAAAUCCAAAAGUUUAACAUGAGCAAAAAGGUUUUCCCCUGGAUGAAGGAGUCGAGACACAACCAGACCCACGGCAGGAGGACCUCAGACUGCACCGUCAACGAGAAGUGUCCAGGCGCGACCCCGGCCUCCAAGCGGACGCGCACCGCGUACACGAGCGCGCAACUGGUGGAGCUGGAGAAGGAGUUCCACUUCAGCCGCUACCUGUGCAGGCCGCGGCGGGUGGAGAUGGCCAGCCUGCUCAACCUGCACGAGAGGCAGAUCAAGAUCUGGUUCCAGAACCGCAGGAUGAAGCAGAAGAAGGACGAGAGGCAGCAGGGCCUCACCCCCACCACGUCCUCCUCCUCUCCCCCGUCCUCCCCCUCCGCCCCGGGCAGCCCCACUCUGUCCAGCCUGGGUUAUGUGCAUGUGGGAGGGGAUUACCAGGCGGCCUCUCCUCCGCUCCAGUCCCAGCAGCCACAGUACCCGGCACAAUACUCCAAAUAUCCGGCUCUGGGCUUUACGCACGGUCCGCCAUUCGAAGUGCAGUACGACACGCACGGCAGCGCGCACACAACAAACCAAAGUGUGGACGUGACCGGUUCCUUCUUCCCACAGAGCUGCUGCUCUUCUCAGGACAGAAUCAUGCAGGCUCCAAAACUGACUCAUCUGUAGCAGACGAGAUCCUCGAGAAACUUUCUCUUUACUUUAUGGAAGCGAAACGUGACUGAUCCGUCUUGAAGCAUGAGUUUCUACUGUUUAUUUAUUGAACUAAUUAUCUAAAUACUAGUCUCAGCUUCUAUUGAUUUGUAUUUAUUCCUCUGCAGCCUGUCAAUCCACUGUUGGUUUAACUUUUACGCAUGAGCCUCUUCAGGAGCGUUACAACCCAGCCCCAUGUGGUUUAAAAUGAAAACGUUAACUGUUGUUUUUAGGUAAAAUAAAUAAAUUAAAAAAAGACUCCCCCAGAGUAAAUAUUUCUCUAAGAGCCAGUCGACUGUAAUUCAGCCAAAACGCUGGUAAAAUGGCAAAUCCAGCGUUUUUUUUCUUCUUAAAGCUUAAUUAUCUCUCGAGUUCUACAGCAUCACAUUAACUCUAUACUUAAUUACAGCGCCCUUACGGAUGGCUGUGGACGUGAUAGGUUCGGGAAGAUAUUACAUUAUAGUCUGAGUGUCGUUAACUCUCAAGCAAGAGAGAUAGACGCCAGAGAAAAGGGCCUGUAUGGUUCUUAAAUGUGUCUUUGUUCUUUUAUGGGCAAAGUGGGCCACACAAACUGUCAAUCUGUAAAAGAGCCAUGAUGGAUCACUGGAUCCUCUGCGCUGCCUCCUUCUCUCUCUCCUUACAACACAGU